AUUCAUUGUUUUUUUUUGGCCUCACUAUGGCCCGGAUCUCGAAGCAAAGGGCAUGCAUCGCCUGUACCAACGCAAAGCGCCGCUGCGACAGGACGCUUCCUGGUUGUAUGAGAUGCUUGGAUAAGGACAUGGAUUGCAUGUAUCCCCCAAUCAACAGGAGGCACGGCCGCCAAGAACAACGACAAACCCGGGGUGGGCUCUCGUGGCCAACAACGUCCGCGGCUGCAACCGCAUCCUCGCUCCCUGCAGCAACAGCAGCAGCCGCCCCGUCUUCGCGCACGACGUCAACCCGGCUCAUCUCCUCUCCGGGAUCCCCGGGCCUAGCUGCAGGAAGUUGGUUCCUAACGCCCGCCACUUGGUCGAUAACUCCCCACGAUAGGCCACUGAACUCUUUCCCUGUCUCCGUCUUCACCAACUUCAUUCGUGGCCUACAGGACUGGCUCGCCCGCUUCCUACGGUACGGCCAUAACCCAUUCGUUCACCGUGGUCUUUACGCCGAAGCACCUUUCCCCCGGUGCAUACAAGACGCCUACGCCUCAAUCGCCAUCGCGCGGACUAUUACUCCGCAGAAUGAGAACCAUAUUUACGACAUUCUGUCUACCUAUGUUUCUGACCUGGUUGACUCUCAGUCUCAGCCUGCUUUGGACUUUUUCUUCUCAGCGCCCCUGCUCUCGACAAGAGAACACCUUGCCCGUACGCAAGCACUCCUCAUCUACCUGAUUCUAACCCUCUUCUCCCCUUCCAUCCCUGGCCGAGCCAAGGCAGAGGCUUUGAUCCCAACACUCCACCUCUGGUCGCAACAGCUUUGGGACUCGGCCCUUUUAGAUGCAAAUAUAUCAUCCCUACCCCCCUCAUCUUCCUCUCACCCGUCGACAGACGUGGCUGCCAACGCCGAGACAGGCAUGAUGGCGAGGAUAUACCGCGCCUUCGCACUCUCCGAGUCGACCCGCCGUACAUGGUUGCUAGUAAAAUAUAUGAUUGGUACCUAUCAGGUCCUCAAGGAUGGAUCAACAAGCUGCGAAGGCGGCAUCUUCUUUACCGCUCGUGCGGAACUUUGGGACGCUCCCUCAGCCGCGCGCUGGGGAUCCAUACUCAAGUCUACGGACCCGUUAUUUAUACAUAGCUUGCACGCCGACGCCGUUAUUCAUAACCGCGUGCCAGCCGUGGAGGUGGACGAGUUUGUACGGCACUUACUGACAGCUCAGUUGGGGGUAGAAAAGGUAGAGAGUUGGGGUAUAGAGACAGGAAAUAUGAUUUCAGUUUUGUUUUAAAUAGUUAUACAGCCUGUGUGUUAGAGCACUCUCAGCGAUAUAAUAUAGGUAAUACUUGCUCCUCCUUAGGCAAUAUAUGUUUUCCCUCAAAGAACAUUCAGAAAAAUCACUUAAUAAUAACUCUC